AUGGAGACACAGCAACAACCUGCUCUUGUCCAGACUGAUGACUGGCGUAUCCCAGGUUUGAUAGACGAAGCGGAAGAAGAGCUUGCACCUGAAGGUCCCACACAGGUAUUACAUGACUCUCCUCCCUCCACCAUUUCCUUUGAUGAGGAUUCACCUCCGCGACAGCCACAUAGUGAACGACUGUCGCCCAGUGAAGAGGUUGAAGAAGCAGCGGGUUGCCCUUCACCAGUUAUUGAAAUAAGUGACGACGAGGAUGAUAAUCAUCCACGACCGCGACUUCGAAAUACGGAUCGCCCUGAUUAUACUUAUCGAGAUUACCUAAAUAUAAUGGAAUAUGCGAUCUCGGCACCUCCUCGGCGCAAAUGGAAAGGAGAAGAUUCCGAUGCGGUAGAUUUUCAGUCUAAAGUCAACCAACUCGUAAUGGAAAUCCAAGGACCGUACGAGGCCUUGGAAAAGGAGAACAAACGAUUAAAACAAGAGAGACAUCAAUGGAUGAAGGACAAGAAACAGCUGCAGCUUCAAAUUCAAUAUUUACGGCGACAAAUCGAUGAACAGAAACAGCGCAAUAUCUUGAAGUGUAUUCUAUGCCAUCGAAUAUUCAACGAGAGCUGGAGAGUUCUGGGAUGUGGUCAUACUCUAUGUAAGAAUUGCGUGGAGGACAUCAAGUCCAAGGAUUCCUUGUUCGAGUAUCCUUGUCCUUAUGCUCAGUGCAAGAAGCCGAUUCAAUCUUGUUUAGACUUUUAUCCAAAUGUGGUGGAAGCAUAG